AUGACUAGAAGGGUUGAAGCUGAAGUUGAUCCUCAAAAACAUAUUGUUAUUGUUGAUAUUUCAGAUGUUGAUGCUAUAACUGAUCAACUCAUUCCAGAUAUUGGUGACCAAUUAGAAAUCGAUGACUAUGAAGGGUUUCUUGAUCUUGGUUCCAUGCAAGAAGUUGUUGUUCAUGAUGUUCCCUUAAAUUUUGUAUAUCAUGGUUCUUGUUUUGAGGUGGAGAUUUAUCAAGAGGUUCCUAAAGGAAAUGAUAGUGAUAUUGACUAUGACAAUGAUCAACUCAAUCCUUGA